CAGCUCCAUACAUGCAACAUCGAUACAUGUUUGUGUCCUGACAAACAUGGAAACCUGAAGUGCAAAUGGAGAGCACCAUUCCUGCUAUCUGCAACAGAGUAUAUAACCAAGACCAGAACAUGGGGUAUUCUCCAGAAAAACAGUUAUCUGAAUAACUGGAAUCCAUCUGUCACCAGAAUGAUGAGAUGCAACCACAAUAUAAAACUCCAGACUAAUGGGCAUGAAACAAAAGAUGUGAUGUGGUACUGCACAUGUUACACACUCAAGAAGCAAGGAAAGUCAUACAACACAACUGGCAUUCUUGUGCAAAGGAUGGUUUAUCAC